AUGGUGACGCAACGCCGCUACUCGGUCACCGGCCAGACACCUCCAGACGACGCAGAAGCCCUGAAAGCCGGCUCGCCGAAGCUGCAUGCGCUCGACACCAGCGUACAGUCCAGUUGCGGGCUCUGUGAGAGCGGAGCAGAGGCGAGCAGGACGCGCCGGACCAGCAGGGCGGGCAAGGCACUCGAGGACAGCGCCACGGCCCAGCUGCGCGGGCGCAAGAUGUCUCCUUCCUGCACCAUCACACGCACGUCCAGCAAGCGCUCAGCGACCCAGCUCCCCUCCCCGAGCUCGCCGACACGCGAGCUGCCGCCCAAGAUGGCACGGUACCGCCUGAGCUACAACGAGCCAGGCAUGGACACCGACACCGACACCGACUCGGAUGUCACCGAUGUCUUGCGCGACCGAAGCGACAGGGAAGACGACUGGACGCUCAACAGCCAGGCCACCUCCAUGCCCUCGACGCCAGACUUCACGCUGCCGCUCAGCGCGCUAUGCCUGCCAGACGCAGAAGGCGACGGUAUGGACGUCGAGGACUUUGCCCUCUCUCCACCCCACUCUCGAAACCACAGCCUGAACUGCGCCCACCUGGACGAAAAGCUGGCCCUGCAGCGCGACUGGGCCGUCUUCAAGCAGGCCAACGCCCUCCUCGAAUCGCAGAUGAAGCACCUGGAGCGCAUCGCCCCACCCCAAACCCAGGAGAUCAGCUCUCACACGCCAGUCACCUUCCUCACCCUCCCGCCCGAGAUCCGCUACCAGAUCUACCGCCUGGACACGGACCUCGUCAAAUCCAAGCCCCUGUGCUACUGCCUCGAGAACGCCGGGUCCAAGAUCCAGCACCCUUUCGCCAGCGUCAGCACGCAGAUCCGCCGCGAAGCUCUGGCCAUGUUCUACAGCUACAACACCUGGGCCAUCAAGACAGAGUACAAGAUGUUCUACGAGGCCUUCCAGGACUGGAUCAUCCGGCUAGGCGACGGAGCCGGGAUGCUGCGCCUUGUGACGUUGAGCGUGAGGGGGAAGCUGUUCAAACCGGUGAAAACGCAUGCGCAGAGCGUGGUAGUGAACGGGCAGAUUGUGGUGAUACACACGGGGCACGCGCCUGCUGGGGGUGGCAUGCUCCCGAGCGCAACGAGAGAAGAAAUGUACAGUCCGCCAGACGGGGAGGCGAGUUUCAUGCUGGACUUGAGCGAGAAGUUUGCUGGUGGGCGGGUGCAGCUCACGCGCAACGACGGGACAGAAAGUGCAGGCGAGAAGGGGAGAGUGCAGCUCGAGAAGAUGGUGCAAGCAGUGUGGGAAAAGCGGAGAGACGGCAGCCUGAACGGACAGGACUGGAUCAGUCUAGUGGACGAAUUCCUCAGCUUCGUCGGCAUGGUCGGUGUAUGGUGA